AUGGUUGGUGUUGGUAGUUUCAACAAAGAUGGACGCUUAGAAACUUUGGUCGCAUAUGAUGGCAUCGAUCAUGUCGAUGUACUUGUUACGCACAACAUUGGAUCUUUCAAUCAUCAAAUGAAAUAUUCAACUGGCAAUUGGCCAAAAUCUGUAGCCGUUGGCGACUUUAAUAACGACACCCUUCUGGACAUCGUCGUCGCUAAUAAUUAUGACAACACUGUAAGUAUCCUUCUCGGAUAUGGAAAUGGCUCUUUUGCAGAUUAUACGAUGUAUUCAACUGGCAAUUUGCCAUUGUCUGUAGCUGUUGGUGAUUUCAAUAACGACACUCUUCUGGACAUCGUCGUCGCUAAUACUUAUGACAACACUGUAAGUAUCCUUCUCGGAUAUGGAAAUGGCUCUUUUGCAGAUUAUACGAUCUAUUCAACUGGCAAUUUGCCAUUGUCUAUAGCUGUUGGGGAUUUCAAUAACGACACCCUUCUGGACAUCGUCGUCGCUAAUUUUGGUGACAACACUGUAAGCAUCCUUCUCGGAUAUGGUAAUGGUUCUUUUGCGAAUCAAACGAAAUAUUCAACUGGCUCUCAACCAUAUUCUGUAGCUGUUGGGGAUUUUAAUAAUGACACCCUUCUGGACAUCGUCGUCGCUAAUAGUGCUGGCAACACUAUAAGUAUCCUUCUCGGAUAUGGAAAUGGCUCUUUUGCAAAUUAUACGAUCUAUUCAACUGGCUCUACCCCAAUAUCUGUAGCCGUUGGCGACUUUAAUAACGACACCCUUCUGGACAUCGUCGUUGCUAAUUAUGGUGACAACACUGUAAGUAUCCUUCUCGGAUAUGGUAAUGGUUCUUUUGCGAAUCAAACGAAAUAUUCUACUGGCUCUGUACCAAAUUUCGUAGCUGUUGAUGAUUUCAAUAACGACAACCAACUGGAUAUCGUCGUCACUAAUUGGAAUGACAACACUAUAAGUGUGCUUCUCGGAUAUGGAAAUGGCCUCUUUGUAAAUCAAACGACCUAUUCAAGUGGUUUGAGUCCUAAAUCUGUAGCUGUUGGUGAUUUUAAUGAUGAUACCAGACUGGAUAUUGUCGUCGCUAAUACUAAUGAAAGAAGUGUUACUGUAUAUCUCGGAUAUCCCAAUGAAGGUUUUGUAAGACAAAUGAGGCUCAUAACUGGUAAUGGAUCUCAGCCUAAGUCAUUCGCUAUAGGAGAUUUUAACAAUGAUGGUCAUAUAGAUGUUGUAGUUGCAAAUUCAGGCACUAACAAUGUCGGUAUUUUUUUGAAAUAUGACAAUGGUUCUUUCUCAAGUCAAAUAGUAUAUUCGACUGAUUCAUCUCCAUGGUCUGUUGCUGUUGGUGAUUUCAACAACGAUGCCAUGCUUGAUAUCGUCGUUGCAAAUCAUGACAAUGACAGUGUCGGCGUAUUUCUUGGUUGGGGUAAUGGUUCUUUUUCAAGUCAAAAAAUGUUUACAACCGGUUUUAAAUCUCAACCGAACGCGGUUGCUGUUGGGGAUCUCAACAAUGACACCUUGCUAGACAUUAUUGUCUCCAAUUACGGCACAAACAAUGUAGGUGUGUUACUUGGAUAUGGUAAUGGGUCUUUUGCAGGUGUAAAGAUUUUUUCGAUUGGUUAUGGAUCGCUUCCGUUCUCGGUUUCUAUUGGGGAUUUGAACAACGACGGCAAACCCAUUACUGAAACAACAUCUGAAAAUAUCGAACAAAUCCGCCUUCUUAUCAAUGAUGAUCCUUAUCUCACAAUAGAACAGUUAGAAGAUCAAACUGAUUUAAGCCAUGGUACAAUUCAUCGAAUCAUCACUGAUUAUUUGAAUCUAAGAAAGAUCACCGCACGAUACGUACUCAAAGAUCUAACCGAUUUUCAACGGACUGAACGAGUUCGAAUAUGUAAAGAAAACUUAGCAAAAUUUCAACAAGGUACAUGGCGAUUAUGUGACAUAAUAACUGGUGACGAAUCGUGGUUUUUCCAUAAACAAAUCGGUCGAAAGUCAUCAAAUGUAGCGUGGGUGAAAAGAGGAGAUCCUUCACCUACUGUAACUCGACAAAAUAAGUAUGCUCCAAGGACCUUAUUUUCCAUCUUGUUCAAGUCAAAUGGUCCUAUUUUCAUUCAUCGUUUGGAACGUGGAGAAACUAUAGAUCAUCAGUAUUAUAUCAACAAUUGUUUACGUCCCCUCGUCGAUCAACGUAAACGCCAAAGACCUUCAUACGGAACACGUGGUAUUAAAAUUCAUCAUGAUAAUGGAAAACCACAUAUUCAUAAAGAUGUAUCCACUUAUCUUCAAUCAGAAGGUCUCACAGUGAUACCACAUUCAGCCAACUCUCCCGACUUAUCAACCUGCAAUUUUUGGUUGUUUGACUUAAUCAAAGAAAAUCUGAUCGAUUACAGUGAUUCACAAUCAUUAUAUGAUGCUGUGGACGAUUUCAUGUACUCUUCGAACAAAGAAGAAUAUAAAAAAACGUUCGAAAAAUGGAUUGAGAGAAUGCAGUUGUGCAUCGAUAACGAAGGUGACUAUUUCGAACAUUUGAUAAAAUAA